AUGCGCUCACUUGUGGUAAAUACGGUUGGGAAAGGCCUCUGGUAUCAUCCGAGUCCAACCCAUGACCGAACACCGCCGUGUCAACCAGAGCAUGGCACUGCCACGUCCAGUGGUUCCGUGAACACCUGCUGGGACGGUGACUGCACCAGGUCCGUGGGCAGUAUUCCAGUGUAUAAUUAUCUUUUCUGCGAAGAAAUUCCUCCUGAUGUCCAACCUGAACCUCCCCUGGCACACGAGGAGAAGUUCUACAGGCUGUGUUCUCUUGUCCUGGCUCUGGUUGCCCGGGAGAAGAACCCGACCCUCCCCGGGAAUGCUCUCCGGGAAUUGUGGAGCCACACGGUCCCGCCUGAGCCUCCUUCUCUCCCGGCUCCCAGCUCCCUCAGCCGCUCCCCUCAGCACUCGCGCUCCAGACCCUUCCCCAGCUUCCUUUCCCUUCCCUGGACACACUCCAGCGCCGAUCGUACCCCAGGGCAGCGGGAUAAAGCCCGUGUGCGAGCUCGUUUUCCCUCGGUAAUGCUUUCCAUCAGCGAAGGGAGCGGGAUCUCCCCUCGGGGAGCGGAGGCGGGAGCCCCUCCGCGCCACUGGAACAGUGCCGUCCUUCCAGGAAAAGGGGAACCUUGUUCCGUUUGUUCCUCUCGUUCGAAAAUAACAACCUAUUUGCCGGGAAGAAGAACAAUUCCUCUAUCAGCCCCGGGAUUUUUCUCAGCAUCAAAUAGAUACUAAACUGAAGAAUGUUGGAAGCAAAAUCAGAAAGCAGAUUAUUAUGCAGAGGAGUCAUCCUGAAACAGAAGAGGAAAGAUGCAGACUGAAAGAUAUAAAUAAAAUAAGUAGCACAAUUUAAAAGUGUAGAUGCUAAAUGCUGCAAGGACCAUCUCUCAUUUUGGUGAGGGGGAUUGCUCAUUCAGUGGGGUAUCAAUCCCACUUUGGUGUGGUUGUUGUUCAGUAGCUACUCAGAGUCAAAGAGCUGGGCAGAGCCUGCUCCAGCGGAUGUCUGAUUUCUAAUUAACCUGCUCUGUAUUGUGUACCCAUCUGUGUAACCCAAAUGCAGGUGAACUGACACACAGGCCAAGCAACUUCUGAUUCUUGCUGAAUUCUAUGAAUUCCCCUGUCCAAGACACCACUGUGAUACACCCAACAAGCAAUUUCAACAAUAUAGAUUUGCUCUGUGUUUCCCCUUCCAUUUAGUAGAAAGCACAUGGCCUGCAGAUGAUUCCCAGGAUGCUGAUUCUGCAGUAAGUUCACAGUGUUAGUAUAUGUCUCAUUAAAAAUAGAGAAGAUAACUCUAAUCACCUGACUUUUAGCUCUCUGAAUUACUGCCAGAGUGAAAUUUAAGGAUUCAUUAUUAGCUAUAUCACUUUGCAGUUGAUAUGUACUGCACAAAUUGUAUUUGUUAGACUGGAUCAGCAGCAGACUUUUAAAUUGUUCUUCACUGCUCUUGGUUCCCCUUGCUGGGGGGUACUGCUGGUGUGAAUGUGUUGUCUAUUCCACUAAACUUUGAAAUUGUCAGUGGUGUUUAGUAUCUGCUGAUAAUAUGAAUAGUCCCCUGCAAAGAUGUCCACAUCUAACAAAUGUCAGCAGAACCUCUGCACUCACUCAGGAGAAAAAAAACAACACGUCUGGGGAAUGUUCUUUAAGGUUUACUCUAUAAGUAGAAUAAUUCAGGAACUCUACUUAGAAGAUUAACUUAGAUUUAUUUACUGGAAAGAAGGCAAAGAAUGAAAAAUCCUGCCAUAGGCCACAUCCUGUAAGUGUUCAGAGGAGAAAGAAUUUUGGUAGCAGGAACUCAGUGAGUAUCAAGGAAAUUUUUGACACAUGGUUGAGAUCAGCACUGCUAGGAACAGCUUCACUCCACAGCACACUGGGAACCACAGCUAGGGACUGAAAACAGAUUUAUUAUCAUCGUGUAUAAAGCAUCCCCUAUAUAUAAUGUAUGACUUAAGAAACAGCACAAAACCUGCUCUGUCUUUGGAGCAUGCCCACCUGGCAGGGAAAAACACAUUGCAGAAUGCUUUGUCCAGCAGAGAAAUGAGAGAAGGACUCCAGUCUCCAGCUGGAAUUUGCUCAGUGACUUUACCAGUGGGAGCAGCACUCUCUCUUUACUUAAAGGCUAGAGACUGAAUGGGCAAAAAGCUUUAUAUGAAAUGUUUUUGGAAAAUACACCUUAAACUCAGCGUAUGAGUUCUUUCAACCUAUCUGUGAACCAAAUAGAAAAAUGUUUUUCUGACCUGCUGGAAAUUAGCAAAAUAGAUUGACAUCUAUCAGGGCAGCAGCUAAGUGGUCAGCUCCAUGAAGUCAUAACUUCCUUCUGUGGGUGGCUGGAUGAAAUGCUUUACUUUUGUCAGAUUGAAAGAGUUGUCUUCCCUCAGCACACCAGUUUGUGUUUGCCUCUUUUCAAAAUCACUGCUAGGUGGUCUGAUAGAGCCCAUGUCACACGGCUGAGGCACUGACUCUGCUGAUGCUCUGUGGACUCUCAUGCCAAUUGGCAGCAAGAGGAAGGAGGAUGAGAGAUUAAGUGAGCCUGCUUCUGAGAGCUUCUAGCUGAAAAUGAUAAAAACCAGAAACAUUAAUCAACAAGUAAAUCGUACACAUAAUUUCUUCAGAAAUGUAGAUUCAGAACCCUUUUUCCCCCUAUUACUCUCUUAUUUUUGACAUAAAGCAAACUGCAUUGUUUUAACAUUUUUAUUUUGUAUAAAUACAGCAAGAAAUUAAACCUCAAACAUUUAUUGUCAUUCUAUCUAAAUUCUAAU